CACACAGCGUCUUUCUGCAGGGCUUCUGCAUUUAUCUUUGACUGUCAUCCAGCGUAUUUCAGUGGCAAAGAAUAUCAUAGAGGUAAACAACAAACAUAGUAUAACGACAUAGCCAGUUGCUCAUCCCAGGGCUCUCGUCAAUAAUGUCAGGAGUGAUGGCAGGCAUGUCCACUCUAAUAGUGAACAGGCAACUCCUCGCACCCCUGCUGCUUCUUCCCUCAGUACACCCAUAGACGCUGUUUGGCUGAGGCAGGUCCUCCUUCUUAAUCUGCUGUGCAUAGCAGCUCUUAUCUUCGACUUCAUCGUCGCUAACCACUAAUCAUCGAGUGAUGUCGGAUAGUUUCACAGGGUCUUCCUUGGAGGUCGUGUAUACGACUUCAGAAACCCAUGCUAUCGUUACGCUUAUCGUAGUGUCGUGCGUUUCAGUAGUAGCCGUUGUUGGCCUUCUCUGCGCUAUUUCUAUCUCUGCGUAUAAUACUCGAGCGUCGAGUGACAAGAAUCUGUUCGUUCGGACUCAUGUCGCGGCAUACUUCGUGUCUUUGUUAUGUUCAGACUUGCUACAAGCUGUGGGCUCGAUCAUGAAUGAGGAGUGGAUCCGGCAGCACGUUCUUACCACCGGAACUUUCUGCGUAGCACAAGGUGCGAUCAAGCAAGCUGCAGACGUUGGCACAGCCAUGUGGUCUUUAAUCAUCGCUAUCCACACAUUUUGCAUUCUAUUCCUGCGAAUGCAAAUGCGACCUUAUUCGUUAUGGUUGACAUUACUAGGUGGUUGGAGUGUUGUUGCUGGAAUCGUUAUAUCUGGGCCACUCGCCUAUGAUAACUCUGAUCGUGGUCCAUUCUAUGGAAUAUCAGGAUACUGGUGUUGGAUUUCGGCUAAUUAUGCAACGGAGCGCAUAACACUAGAUUACAUGAUCAUGUUUAUUUCGGCGGUUCUUAGUUUCAUACUAUAUUCUUCGAUCUUUCUUCGCUUGCGAGGAAACAUAAUCAUCCAUGGCUGGCAUAUCACCUUCCGAUUCAGGAAGCGAACAUCAUCAUCAUGGCGUGGUCGAGAUUUUGCAGGCAAUCAAAUGAUGAUGAUCGCGAAACAGAUGUUAUUAUACCCAAUAGCAUAUACUAUUCUUAUUCUCCCAAUAGCCGCUGCUCGAUUUAGUUCUUGGGCAGGCAAAGAUGUGCCUUUUGCAGUAACUAUAUUCUGCGAUGCAGUUUUCCUAUUCUCCGGAGCUGUCAAUGUGACUCUUUUCACAACUACACGUCGCAUUCUUCCACCCGACUCCAUAAUGCGAAGACCGCUCAUCUCCCUGCCCCGUCCAUCUACCAUAACAGAAGCCCCGGCCGACUUCUACGAAAGAUCUGUAGGGAAAGAGUUUCUUGACAUUGCCGAGCUGCCAAGGCGGCCCGAGUCAGCUGCGUCCCACCCUUCGCUGUCCACAGUGACUACGGUGGUGUUCCAGAAUGCGAAAGAACAUGCAAAUAUUUUUGGGCAGGCAACGAUAGAAGGGCAAAUGGCGACAGAGGGGGAGCCGCGAGAUGCAAGUAGAACUAGCGAUAGAACGAGCUGGUACAGUCAAGCGUCCCAUGAUAGCGAAGGGUGGGUGUUCGAAGCUGUAUAAGAAUGGUUUGGAUUGGGCAGGAAAGUGAGUGUAUUGGCUUGCGUGUUUGGUGGGGAUUAGUGUUGUAUGAUGGUGUAUAUUGUUAUAACUAAGUUAUAGUGUGUAAGGUUUAUCAGAAAAUGACAUUGUAUCCGUGAUCUUAAGAGAACUAAAAUACUGCUGGCGUUG